AUGGCGUCCGGUGGGGAACAGCAGGCUUCCACUUCGGGCAAUCAGCAGGCACCUGGCGCAAGUAAUGGUGGCGCACAAACAGGGGCCUUACCUUGUGAUCCGCAAGCCUUUGCACAAUUUUUCCAGGCAUUUGAAACAUUUUACAGGCAAUGUAGGCCUGGUGCUUUGGUUCUUCCCCCUGAACCGUCACAGGAUGUUAUACCAGACACGCUCCCUAACAUGCAAGGGCAGCAGGUAUUGCCAGGUCCUUCAGGGGCCAACGCCCGUUCUGAAACGUCUAAUUCGGGUCGCCCCAAUACCCGUGCUCAGGCAGCCAUCUCUAAAAAAGCAACUCAUAACGCGGGAAAGGGUAAGCCAUCGGCGAAAGGCCCCGGCAAGGGUAAGGCUAGCUCAAAAGCUUUAGGUAGACAAGCCCCAGCUCACGCAAUAGACAUCCCUAGUGUGUUCCAAGAGCAGCAGUCCCACCAAAGCUCAACAGAAGACAGUGAGGGUUCCAGCUUAGAGGAGGAACAAAGGGAACCUCAAGUUCCUCAGCCAGGGGCUGAUGGGAAUGCGGCCUCCGCAGAGAAGCAGGGCGGCAAGCGCAAGUCCAAGAAGAAGCACACGGCUGCUAAGAAGAGGAGGAGUAAGCAGUCCGAGACGGAGGACGAGUCAGGUACGUCAUCUUCCGAUUCGGAUAGCGAGGGACCCAUGGAUGGCUACUGGGGUUUAGGUGAGGGUAAUCACGGGAUCCCGUUAUGGGCUCACGAAAGGAGAGCCAAUUCUCAUCGUAAAACUUUCAACGGGGUGCUCGAUUGGAAAGAUGGGACCCUGGUGGAGGAUGUAAAGGUCGCCACCAAUCAGUCCACCGAUUUUAUUUUGGGAAAUCAUCUAUCCCAGAAGAGGAGGAAUAAGAUACUUAACGGUGAUUAUGUGGACAUGUUUACCUUGCUCCCCCCCACUAAGCUACUGGGAAAAGGUGAAAAGAGGCGAUCUUCUGGUAAAGGAAGGUACAGGACCCCUAGGGCCGAACGCACCUUCGAGAACUGGUUGGACGGGUACCAGGUUUUCAUGGGUGUUGUUUGUGCUGCGUAUCCUAGGCGGGCCAUGGAUUUGGUCGCCUAUUUAGCUCACGUGAGGCGGGCUCACUCGCUGGCAGGGGAACAGGCCGCUCUAACGUAUGAUGAGAACUUUCGCAGAAACGCUUCCCUACUCCCUUCCACCCGAUGGGACCUGACGGACCCUAACUUCUGGGGCGAGGAUGUCACUCCAUACAUUGAAAGAAGAAACCAGGGAAUGGUCAAAGCAGGUAGGACGGAGGUAAAGCGGCGUCGCCUUUGUUGGGAGUUCAACAAGGGUACAUGCUCCAGACCGUCUUGUAAGUAUUUGCACGAAUGCGAACGGUGCUGGGGAAAUCACCCAGCUACCGCGUGUUUUAAGAACAAACAGCAGCCCUUUUGGGGGGGCAGGGGGUACUUCCACAACAGCAAUAGAGGUGCCCCCGGAGCCUCCCACCAGGGAACUGGUAACCGCCAGUAA